AUGGGCCAGGCCAACUGCUGCUGCGGCUCCAGGUGGGUUCCCCCUGCGGCUCGGGGACACGCGGGCACGGCCGGGCCCCGCAGCAGCGGCAUUUCUCAUGCCCGCCGCUCUCUGCUGGGCAGGGAGGCUCUCAGUGACACCGAGCCGGUGCUGAGCGCAGACGUGCGGCUGACCCGGGGCCGCAAGAGGAGCGAGAGGCGCCUUCUCCUCCUCCAGGAGGAACUGCUCAUUGCCAAAUUGCAACGUGGCAGCACCCUGCGCCCACAGCUCCGCCUGCCCCUGGACCAGCUGUGGGUGCUGAGUGGUGGGAAAGAGGCGGCGCAGGAGGAUGAAAACAAGGAAGAGGAGGGCAGUGAUGAGGAUGGGAGCUGCCUCAUCUUCAUCUGGCCCAGUGGCUCCUGUGUUGCCCAUUUUGGCUCGCAGGCACUGAAGGAGCUGUGGCUGAGCACACUGCUGGGAACACCUGAAGAAGCCAAGAGACCCCGUGUGACCCACCUACCGUCAGUGAAGCUCGUGGAGAAGGAGCUAAACCACCACCAUGCCGGGAGGACGUUCAACACCAGGAGCCUGGAGAGGCUGAUGGAGCACCAGGCAAAGGGUGAUCCCAAGCACGGGCCUCUGCCAGCCCCAUAUGGAAAUGGAGGUGAACUUGGUCACUCGGCAGAGGCUCUUGAUCUGUUUUCCUUUGCAGCAGGAGGCAGCAGCAGCAGCAGCAGGAGGAGGGGGCUGCCCUGGCCCUUCGCUCUGCGGCACAGCCGGGCCGCUGCCCAGGCGCCAGGGCAGGUGGUCUCCGGCUGCAGCAGGGCGCUGUUUGGCCAGCCCCUGGCAGCCCUCUGCGGGGAGGAUGGCACACUGCCCCAGCCCAUCCAGGAGCUGCUCGCUCUUCUACGUCAGGAAGGACCAUCGACGGAGGGGAUAUUUCGCAGAGCCGCCAGUGGAACAGCGCUUCGGGAGCUGCGUGAGGCCCUGGACCGUGGCCUGGACAUCGACAUGGGAAGCCAACCUGCUGAUCUGUUGGCCGUCGUCUUGAAGGACUUCCUCAGAAACAUCCCCUCCAAGCUCCUCGUGGAAGAUCUGUAUGAGGAGUGGAUGGCAGCCAUGGAGAACACCAGCACGGAGGAGACGGUAGAGGCACUGAAAGUGGUGUCCAAGAAGUUGCCAGCAGUCAAUCUCCUGCUCCUGAAGGAGCUGAUGUCCCUCCUGCAGCACAUUGGCCACAACGCAGCCACCAGCAGGAUGACCUUUAACAACCUGGCCAUCUGCGUUGGGCCCAAUCUGCUGAGCCCACCCAAGGAGGAGCUGCUGCCACUGGAGGCCAUGCUGGAGGUCACACAGAAGGUGAACAUGCUGGUGGAGUUUACGAUUAAGAAUUACAGCGACAUCUUUGGAGAGGAGGCAGCUGGUCUCUCCUGUUCAUCUGCCAAGGACUCACCAGUACCUAUGAAAAGAUCCACAGAUGGGCAUGUGGAAGAGCAAAGUGGCCCUACAGGCAGAGCAGACAAGGACCACCAGGCACCUUCAUCUUUCCCUCCAACCACCACUGGAAGUGUGGCAGAGUCCCUGGGGCUCCCGGAAGAGCUGAGGAGCCUUUCAGAGGAUAGAAGGUUUGAAGGCUCUCCCCAGGAUGAGGAAAAGAGAAGGAACAGGAAGAGAAAACACACCUGUGGAGAUUACAGUGACAACAACGUGGAAAAGAAGAGGAGGAAGAUGUUUGGGGAUGGAAAACUAAGAAGACGGAGGAUGGUGCCAAGGCUCAGGAAGCCCAGGUCCUGUUUUACUGUAACUGACUGUUAGACCUGUUGCUGUUGUUCACAAUAAAGUGUUUUGGAAGUUACAAGAAAGUGUUUUCUAAAUGUUGACUCCCCCGCGGUUGAUGUUCACAAUAAAGUGGUUUUUUUCUCUGUUC